UCAAUGUAUUUUACGUACACAAUUUAUGUAUUUUUAUAAUUUUUUAAUUACACUACUCUUUGUUUUACUUACAUUUUAUAUAACUUUGAAAUUAGGCAAAACCUGCAACUAUCAAAUAUCAAUCAAAUCAGAAAUAAAUUAAAUGGCAGACUGUAACUUUGUCUUUGACACCGUUGUUACGAAAUUUGAGUGCUUUCAUGUUGAAAUUGGGAAUUCCCAGAAAUUGAAAGUCUUAGUUCAAUUCAAUAAAAAAGAAAUCCCAAUAACAGCCAGCAGGAUCAAUGUAACCGAUUUUCCGCCCCUCUCUGGCACUGAGUUCAAAGUACCAACACAAACAUUGCGACAAGUCCUCGAGGCAUGCGGUAUGCCAUUUUCGGUAUCGUACGACAAUUUUGUUCUUGGCACCGGUAAGAUGAGCUUCCCUCAAAGUUUUAUUGAUGGCAUUGAUGAAGGCAUGUCUGAUCUGGUGCACUGGGACUCUUGCCAGUUUGCGGCAAAUGGUCAAGUUAAAGGUACACUUGAACUGCUCUGCCGUUUGAUUAUUAAAUGUGAUGCGCAGCAACAAUCGAUGGAGCGGGAUUUUAGGUGCAAUGCGAACGCAAGCAUUAAUCCGCAAGAUAUUCUGUUUGUAACGAAUCGAUGCCAGGGAUGUCACAAAAUCUGCGAUAAUUUUCUGGAUACACAGCAGUCAGAGGACGGUGAUGAGCAGUUGAAAUUUGAUAUGGAACGAUUUGCUGGUCCCAGACCAAUAGAAAAUACACACAUUCAUAAAGCAGAAGGCAAUGCAGCCUGUUGUCAGCUAAAGAAAAUGAUUCAUUGUAAUAAUUUCGUGGAAUCACUUAUAAAGAGCACAGGGAUUCCUGAUCUACCCAAGACGCCUCGGCAAACAUCCGAGGAGCUGCAUCCGACAACGGUUUCGUAUUUGCCAGAAAGACAGUAUGAAAUCAAUGAUUGCUGCAGCUCGAAGCUGCUGACUAUUAAGCCAAUUCGCUUUUGUCCCAUCUGUCUGACAAAUAUGUCAUGGUUGCCGAAAUUCGCCGCAUGUCCAAAGUGCGGCACCAAGUUUAUGCCGUUCGUUGAAGAAGAGAAUCAGACCAUUCCUGCCGAGCAAAUAGUAAAGGAUUACAUGGUCAAUACCUCGACGAUCAUUGAUGAUAAAAAAACUAGCAAGGAGAUACUGACCAGAUGUCGAUGCUCGGGCAAUACUCUGUGCGCCCAUUGCCGAAUACGUAAACAAUGUGCAGAUUUUUUGCAGCUCCAACCUAUGGCGCAGGAGUCCAAAGUGGUAGAUCAGCCCUCUGCAGAUUAUUGUAUAAAUUCAGUAGACUCUCGUCCACAUUUGGCACGUGUGUUUUCCGAAUUACGCGAUGCUUAUACAGAGCAGAAGGGUCAGCAAUAUCCAGCGCUGAAAAAGCCAUGUGAUGAAAGACUAACACACAAGACGAAAUCAUCGAAAGCCCAUUUACCUGAUAUUAAAAGAAAAACCAACACAAUCGACCAAGUUGCCCGACUGACAGAAACAAAGCGACAUAUUAGUUCUGUGCACAAGUCUUGUGUGAAGGCACAGCAAAGGCGUGUUUCUCGGCGACACGGCUGGAAUUGGUCCGACAGCAAAGAGGCUCGCAAGUACGGCUGGCGACCCGGCGCCAUUUUCAGACCCAUUAAGAAGAUCAUGAAUUUCUUUUUGUAUCCGCCGAAGGAUAACGCAUACGCAAUAUGCAGAGCACUGAAGGAGGUCGAGUUGCAAAAUAAAUACCAGCUGCCAAUUCUUAAUGUGUGCAAAAAAAAUGGUAACAUUUUCAUUACCCUGCGAGCAGUCAAUAAUCCAAAUGUGCAAAUGAAGCCAAUUGUAUUCAAAAUAGCUAAAACCGAACUGGCUAUAGCUCUAAGCGAGAUCAAAAAGAAGCUCAAGGAAAAGGGAUUUCCCAAGUGCACCUGCCACAAGACGUUGAUGAUGUGUGUCUGUCGCAAUCACGUGGAGAAGAAGCGUCUCGAAUCCGCACUGCAGAAGGAGUGCGAACACAGGGGCAUGGAGAACUGUGUGGAUCAUCUGGUGCUCACAGAUACCAGUGACAGCGAGAUGGAAUAUGAUUUUGAUGUGAGCCCGCCGGCAGGCAGUACAAAGCAUCCUUUGCAAGUAAAGCCAAUCUUAGUUAACCACGCCACACAGACAUCUAGAAAGCAUCGGCUGGUGCCACCUUCAUAUCCAAUCAAACACAGCCCCUUCUGGCGCACCUAUGACUGUGCUGCUGGUGAUCGUUACACAUCCACAGCAUUUGGCGAGCCAGGAGAAGCAGUGUUUGAGGAUGGCGUAUUUGGAAAUAGGGGAGGAGGUCCACACGGUGCAUAUGCCACUCCGGGGGCAGACCCAAAAACAAAAAUAUUUGGGGUGCCACCUCUGGAGGGUCUAUGCAUGGUGCCGGACGAUUUCCUUACGGAAAUCCGAAAAGCCCAAAUGGCAAGUCUGAGUCGAUUCCCGUAAGAAUGACUGAGCACUUAUUGAGAAUGGCCCAAAGGGCUGCCGAAGCUAAACAAGUGGUAAAGAAGAAAAAGGCCUUCGAUAUGAUGAAGUAUUUGACGAAACACGGUGCCUUUUCUAAGCCCCUGAUUGGCCCGGACGGACUAACUGAUGCUCAACGUAGGCGUCGUGCUCUCCGAUUUGUACCCAGGACACCCAUUGAACUUGUGCCACGACUCAGUAAGGGCUUAGAUCCCUGUGCUAUCCAAUUUUGUGGGUACUAUCCCCGGGCAAAUUAUUGUUAACAGCACUUAUUUACUUCUGAGCAAAAGCUAUUUGCAUCGUAAACAUUCAAAUUUUGGGCGGCGUUCGUGGAAUUAUCGAAAAGUGAAAAUUCAUAUUAAUCUAAUAUAUAUAUAUCUCUAAGAUUCUUUU